AAUCAUGCUUUAUAUAUAAAAUGAAAUAUUCCCAUAAGUGUUACCUUAGCUAGUGCUUGUUAUCCCCAUUUACUUCUCCAAUAUCUUCCUUUGGUUUCACUCAAAGAACACAACCUUAGUCUAAAAACAAGUCCACACCAUCAGUCGAACUACUGAACUUAAUCAUUUGCUGUCAUUUACUCUUCAGUUUUCUGUUCAGUUUUCUGUUGAGGUCCGUCCUACCUACCCUAAAUACUCGUCUCAACCGAAAUUCCAAAACAAUGGAUCAAUUGAAACCACAACAACCGGUUCAAGCAUAUCCUAACAAUCCAAACAAUUCCCCUGACCAAGCAAACAAUAUCCCACUAACUCAAUCUUCUUCUCCUAAUGCAUCAAAUGGUUCAUUUGUGAGUGUUUUUGUUGUCCUGGCUAUAGUGUUUGUCGUAUCCGUUAUUGCUUGUGUUGUGGGACGCCUAUGCAGCAAGAAAAGCAAUGGUCCUAAGGCGAAGAAAGGUCAGGGUCAACCACAAAAACAAAAAGAAGGAAAGCAUAAUAAGCACAAUGAGUUUCAUACUAAAAGAGGAGGGGAUAUUGAAUUUGGAUUUGAUAAGAAAAUUGCAAGUUCUAAAGUGGCUGCACCACAUGGAGAUCAUCAUUAUAAGGGGGCUAAGCCUUAUAAGAGUAGUGGAGGUAAAGGGGGAGUUAGAUUUACUGAUAAUCAUAUUGAUUUCAAGCUUGGUCCGUGAAAAUUUGUAAAAAAAAGAAUGUUCAGAGGAACUCCCUCUAUGCACUAAUUACUUGGUAGUAGUUAUUAUUUUUAUUUUAAUUUAUUAAAUUUUAAGUUUCUCUAUAACAUGGAGAAGGGCAAGAGAAAGGUAAAGGAAUCCGUGAGAAUCACGCAUCUAUUGUGUGAAAAACUAUCACCGAUCAGACUAUAAGUUCUGCUGGUAAUUACUGAUUAAUAGUUGCUCCUUGUACUUUCCUUCUUUUUUUUUAGCUAGUUAAUUAUAUUGUACCUUUUUGCCUGGUUUUUUGUUUUGUACUUGUGCCUAAUGCAACAUGAUUUUGUUGUAUUUUGGAUUGUCAAAGUGUAGUAUUUCAGUUCAUCAUCAAUUGGAACAUAUGGUUGGGGUUCAAGAAAA